GAGGCGGGCCAGGCGGCGCCGCCAUUUUGUGAGUCUAUAACACGGAGCGGUCGCGCUCGUCCCGCUAUUGCGGCGCCUCCCCUCCGCUCCCGACGGGUCCUCUCCGCGUGCAAUGGACGGCAUUGUCCAAGAUAUAACAGUUGGUACAAAGCGGGGACCUGACGAGCUUUUCUCUCCUUGUGUUGCUAAUGGACCCUUUAUCAUGAACAGCAACGCUGCUUCUUCAGAUAAUGGAAAUGACAGCAAAAAGUUCAAAGGUGACAGUCGAAGUGCUGGGGUCCCAUCCCGAGUAAUCCACGUCCGUAAGCUCCCCAGCGACGUCACGGAGGCAGAGGUCAUUUCUCUGGGCUUACCUUUUGGCAAGGUCACCAAUCUUCUAAUGCUGAAAGGAAAAAACCAGGCUUUCAUAGAGAUGAACACAGAGGAGGCAGCCAACACCAUGGUCAACUACUACACCACGAUCGCUCCCAUGCUCCGGAGCCAGCCCAUCUACAUCCAGUUCUCCAACCACAAGGAGCUGAAGACAGACAACUCUCCAAACCAAGCACGUGCCCAAGCAGCUCUGCAAGCCGUGGCCACGGUGCAGACCGGGAACCUGGCGCUGGCAGCCACGGCUGCGGCCGUCGAUGCGGGAAUGGCGAUGGCUGGGCAGAGCCCUGUCCUGAGGAUCAUUGUGGAGAAUCUCUUCUACCCCGUCACUCUGGAUGUUCUGCAUCAGAUUUUUUCCAAAUUUGGUACAGUCUUGAAAAUCAUCACAUUCACAAAGAACCACCAGUUUCAGGCCCUGUUGCAAUAUGCUGACCCCAUGAGUGCUCAGCAUGCCAAACUGUCUCUAGAUGGACAGAACAUCUACAACGCCUGCUGCACGCUGCGCAUCGACUUCUCCAAGCUCACGAGUCUUAAUGUGAAGUAUAAUAACGACAAGAGCAGAGACUACACCCGCCCAGACCUGCCCUCUGGGGACAAUCAGCCCACUCUGGACCAGACCAUGGCAGCUGCUUUUGGUGCCCCAGGAAUAAUCUCUCCUUCUCCAUAUGCAGGAGCUGGCUUUCCUCCUACUUUUGCCAUUCCUCAGGCUGCAGGCCUGACAGUUCCAAAUGUUCCUGGAGCACUAACUCCUUUGGCUAUUCCAGCAGCAGCUGCAGCAGCUGCAGCAGGACGGAUUGCCAUUCCCGGCCUGGCUGGGGCAGGGCACUCCGUGCUGCUGGUUAGCAAUCUGAUCCCAGAGAGAGUUACACCCCAAUGCCUCUUUAUUCUUUUCGGAGUCUAUGGUGAUGUGCAGAGGGUGAAGAUUUUAUUUAAGAAGCAAGAGAAUGCCCUAGUUCAGAUGACCGACGGGAACCAGGCCCAGCUUGCCAUGAGCCACCUGAAUGGGCAGAAGCUGCACGGGAAGCCGAUCCGUAUCACGCUGUCCAAGCACCAGACAGUGCAGCUGCCUGGCAAGGGCCAGGAGGAGCAGCGCCUGACCAAGGACUACGGGAAUUCUCCUCUGCAUCGCUUCAAGAAACCAGGCUCCAAAAAUUUCCAGAAUAUCUUUCCCCCUUCUGCCACUCUUCAUCUGUCCAAUAUUCCACCCUCAAUAACUGAAGAAGAUCUUAAGAUGUUAUUUUCAAGCAAUGGUGGGGUGGUCAAAGGAUUCAAAUUCUUCCAGAAGGACCGUAAAAUGGCUCUGAUCCAGAUGGGCUCUGUGGAAGAAGCCAUUCAGUCCCUCAUUGAGUUCCACAAUCAUGACCUGGGGGAGAACCACCACCUGCGUGUGUCCUUCUCCAAGUCCACCAUUUAGAGCUUGGGAAGGCCUGAGACAAAAUGGACUUGACUUAAAACCUGUGGGGCUCAGCCUUGACCUUAAAAGGCUGGACACCAGAGUUUCAACUUCCAUCAUUCCAGAAAAAAAAAAAAAA